CAUUCUGGGAGGAGGGGGUGGCGUGUACUGUGUGUACUAGUCGGCGCCAUCUUUUCGUCUCUUUGUGGUUGCUCCUUGUAGCAGGUUUCUGUGCGCCGCUCCGUUCCUGACAUCCCCGCUCAGACCGAUACUCGUCAUGGGUCGGAAGAAGAAGAAGCAGCUGAAGCCUUGGUGCUGGUAUUGCAACAGAGACUUUGAUGACGAGAAGAUUCUCAUCCAACACCAGAAGGCUAAACAUUUUAAGUGUCACAUCUGCCAUAAGAAACUGUACACUGGCCCAGGUCUAGCUAUCCAUUGUAUGCAGGUACAUAAAGAGACGAUUGAUGCUGUACCAAAUGCCAUCCCUGGCAGGACAGACAUUGAACUGGAAAUUUAUGGCAUGGAAGGAAUUCCUGAGAAAGAUAUGGAGGAGAGGAGGAGAUUAUUGGAACAGAAAACACAAGGAGAUGGACAAAAGAAGAAACAGGAUGAUUCGGAUUAUGACGAUGAUGAUGAUUCUGUGCCCUCAACUUCAUUUCCACCGCAAAUGCAGCCUCAGCAGGGGUACAUGCCUGCAAUGGGUCAGCCAGGUCUCCAUAACUUAGUAGGCGCUCCAGGCAUGCCACCAGGAAUACCACCAUUAAUGCCAUCUGUUCCCCCAUUGAUGCCUGGAAUUCCCCCAGUUAUGCCAGGAAUGCCUCAUGGGAUGCUGCAAAUGGGUGGUAUGAUGCACCACCACGGGCAUGGGAUGCCCCCAAUGAUGGCUGGUUUGCCUCCAGGUGUCCCUCCACCCGUUGGGCCUCGUCCUGGGAUCCCAUCUAUGACACAAGCUCAGCCGAUCUCGGCACCAGGUGUUGGUAGACUUACAACUCCCAGUACGACUGCUCCUGCCAUGCAGUCUGUACCCAAACCACUUUUUCCCAGUGCUGGACAGAUGGGAUCACCUGUCACAAGUUCAACCACAUCGUCCUCCAGUUCAGAGACCCUCUCUGCACCUGCUAAAGCUCUGUUUCCUAGUGCUGCACAAGUUCCAGCAGCAGUGGCGGGCCCUGUGGGAACAGACUUCAAACCCUUGAACAGUGCACCUAUUACAACGUCUGAGCCUCCUAAACCAACAUUUCCCGCUUACACCCAAUCAACCAUGUCAACCACUAGCACCACUAAUAGCACUGCUGCUAAACCAUCUGCUUCCAUAACAAGUAAGCCUGCUACCCUGACUACUACUAGUGCCACUAGUAAGUUGAUCCACCCAGAUGAGGAUAUAUCACUGGAAGAGAAACGUGCCCAGCACCCGAAAUACCAGCGUAACCUGCCGCGUCCAGGUCAGGGACCCAUGAGCAGUCUGGGUAAUUCCGCUGUGAGUCAGUUAGGUGCUAUGAUGGCACAACAGUCGGGAAUGCCGCCACAGCAAUCUGGUAUGAGGCAUCCGAUGCCACCUCAUGGUCAGUUUGGGAACCCGCAUCAAGGUAUGCCUGGCUUUCACCCUGGUGCAAUGCCUCCCUUUGGACAAGGUCCUCCUAUGGUUCCACCUUACCAAGGUGGUCCCCCUCGACCUCUGAUGGGAAUGCGACCUCCUGUAAUGUCUCAAGGUGGCCGUUACUGACCAUGCCGCACUAUUAAUAGGUUUGGAGAUUAAACCCUUUCUCACCUUGUGCUGUGUAUAUAGCAGAGCUCCAUCUCUCCUUGCAUACCAGGACCUAUUGGACAUUUGUUUUACAUUGGGGGAGGGGUAUUUUUAUUUCCAGGGGAGGGAAAGGGAGGUCAGGGACAUAAGACCGGACAUUUUCCUGAUGUUGCAAUUUAUAUUGUAUGGCUUCUUUUUCAUCUAGGUUUUUAGAAGUGGCGUAUAUUAAAUAUGGUUCGUUUAAUUGUGAAGGCGCCAAAUACCUCCCACAAGGCAAGUUCUGUAACAUUACUUUGCUCUUUGUAAGGUGAGGCCUUCACAGCUCCUCUGGGGCUGUUGGACUUCUGGUCCCCAACUGUGGUUGGUGAGGGCAGUAACUGUUUAUUGUAUCUAGAGAUGUAUACUGACUGACCUCCAUGUACUGUUCACUUGCGCAUUAUGUAAUAAAAUUAGAGAAACC